UAGAGUCAAACCGGAAAGCGGUUCAGUGAAAAACGCAUAGGGUUCUGUUUUCGGCAUCAGAACAAAUUUUCGCUAAAAUGGAAGCGCAUAGUGUUUUUGUUACUGGAGCAAACAGGGGUAUAGGGCUGGAAUUCGUCCGACAAAUUGUUCGUCUACCGAAGCCACCCAGAUAUGUCAUAGCGACAUACAGAUCUCGAGAUAGCACGGAGGAACUGGAAAAAAUUAAAGAUUCUUCUAAAGAUAGCAUGGUGUAUAUGGUUAAAAUGGAUGUCACAAAAGUCAAUGAAAUACGGGCUGCUCGUAAAAUUACCCAGGAUUUGGUGGGAGAACAAGGAUUGACUUUGCUAAUAAACAACGCUGGUGUCGGAGCUGGACAAUCAUUUCCUAAAUUAACAGAAGAAAAUCUACAAUACCACUAUAAAAUAAAUACUGUGGGGCCAAUUAUGGUGUUACAGGAAUUUUUACCAUUACUUGAAAAAGCUGCAUCAUUCAACAAACGAAUACCAGAUUUAAGGAUGUCGGUUUCGAGAGCAGCUGUGCUGAACAUAAGCUCCCUCGCUGGCUGCAUAACUAAAGCUGGAGAAAAUGAGCUUGAUCAAUCCUUUCCCGGUUAUAAGAUAAGCAAAGCAGGUCUGAAUAUGGCAAUGAGGGUGAUUGCUGCAUCGGUCAAGGAGCAUGGAAUUUUGGUCAUCAACAUGUGUCCUGGAUAUGUAAAAACUGACCUAACAACAGGUAGAGGAUCAUUGGAACCUCACGAAAGUAUCCAAACCAUGUUGGAAACAUUACCCAAAUUGGAUGAAGAACAUCAUGGAUCUUUUGUGGACAGAUUAGGGAACAUUUACCCCUUUUGAAGGAUCAAACUGAAUGCUGAUAAUGCAACAUGCCAUGACUUGGAAUCUUACAUUUUAAUCUUCUGAGUUUAUUGAAGACUAUUUUAAUCUUCUAUGUCCCUGACUUCUGUCUUACUGUUGUUGCCUAUUGCAAAAUAUAAACUCAAUAGCUGACAUUCUCAGACAGAAAAAAAAAAACAAACAAACUAAAAUUAAAAAUUAAAAAAAAACCCAACUGAGUUGCAAAUGUAGAACUAUGAGGGAAAAUUGAAAAUCCUUUUAAAAGCUUUAUACUAUUAAAAUCAGUUACAAGUAUUUUACUUGUUAACAAAUAGAAACAGGUAACAGAUAAAAAUUUUAAAUCAUUGCGUUUAAUUUCCUUGUCGCCAACAACGAAUUCGGUUACCAAUCGCGUAAAUAAUAGCUUAGCCGUAUUUAAAAUUUGCUUUAAAAAAGCCCUAUAAUUCGAAUUCUAUGUA